CACGAAUUUGUUGCAGGUAAACAACAUUAAUUGAUAGUCCAGUACGCGUCGCUUGCGAGUUUGAAAUUGAUUCUGUGAGAGAUAUCCCUGUGGAACUAGAGAGGUGUGACCAGGACAGGAUUGCCUGAACCUUUGGUGGAUUUGCCAUAAGUGAAGAUGCUUCGUCUACAAGCACGGGCUGGUCAGAUCCGCAAUGCGGCCUGUUCUCAACUCAGUAACAUAAAGACAACUCCCCACUCGGGAUUUAAACUGCCACAAGGAAUAACACGGCAGUAUUCUACAGGCACAGAUGUGGAACCCAUCAAAAAGCUUAUGGUGGCUAACAGAGGUGAAAUUGCUAUCCGAGUGUUCCGAGCCUGUACCGAGAUGAACAUCAGGACGGUGGCCAUUUACUCGGAACAGGACAUGAUGCACAUGCACCGGCAGAAGGCUGAUGAAAGCUACCUCAUUGGGAAAGGUCUUCCUCCAGUAGCUGCCUAUCUCAACAUACCAGAAAUCAUACACAUAGCACAGGAGAAUGGUGUUGAUGCAGUUCACCCAGGCUAUGGGUUUUUGUCAGAAAGAGCUGAUUUUGCCCAAGCUUGUUUGGAUGCAGGAAUGAAGUUUAUUGGUCCAUCUCCAGAAGUUGUCCGCAAAAUGGGAGACAAGGUAGAGGCUAGAGAUGCAGCAGUUGAAGCAGGAGUACAAGUCGUGCCUGGAUCCCCUGGACCAAUAGAAUCGGCCGAAGAAGCUCUAGAGUUCUGUAAGCAAUAUGGCCUUCCGGUGAUAUUUAAAGCAGCCUAUGGUGGAGGAGGACGUGGUAUGCGUGUGGUCAGAACUAUUGAGGAGGUUGAAGAAAAUUUCCAGAGAGCUUACUCAGAAGCUCUGGCUGCAUUUGGUAAUGGAUCAUUGUUUUUGGAGAAAUUCAUUGAACGACCGAGGCACAUUGAAGUCCAGAUUUUAGGUGACCAUGCAGGAAACGUGGUUCAUCUGUUUGAGAGAGACUGCUCAGUUCAACGUCGCCAUCAGAAGGUUGUGGAAAUUGCUCCAGCUCCACUGCUGUCUCGAGAGAUGCGAGAAUCCAUCACGCGGGACGCUGUCCGUCUGGGCCAACAUGUUGGUUAUGAGAACGCUGGCACCGUGGAGUUCUUACUGGACAAGAACGGACAGUAUCAUUUCAUUGAGGUCAAUGCCAGACUACAGGUGGAACACACGGUCACCGAGGAGGUGACAGGUAUUGACUUGGUUCAGUCUCAGAUCCUCGUUGCCCAAGGUAUGACUUUACCCCAACUCAACCUGACUCAGGAUCAGAUCAGCCUGCACGGUGCUGCUAUCCAGUGCAGAAUGACCACAGAGGAUCCAGCGAGAAACUUCCAACCAGACACAGGCAGAAUCGAGGUGUUCCGAAGUGGUGAGGGUAUGGGUAUUCGUUUGGACAGUGCCUCUGCCUUUGCUGGUGCGAUCAUUUCUCCAUAUUAUGACUCACUGCUAGUGAAAAUCAUUGCUCAUGCUCGCGACCAUAAGUCGGCAUCAGCAAAAAUGUUGCGAGCUCUCACAGAAUUCCGGAUUAGAGGUGUCAAAACCAACAUUCCAUUUUUGCUAAAUGUCUUGAAAAACAAGGAAUUUUUAACUGGAGUGAUUGAUACAUACUUCAUUGAUGAAAAUCCAGGCCUGUUCCAGUUUAUUCCGUCACAGAACCGAGCACAGAAAUUACUUCAUUACCUGGGUCAGGUGAUGGUAAAUGGACCUUCAACACCCCUAGCAACCAAUCUACAACCAUCUGAUACCAUCCCCACGGUACCAUCACUACCUACGGAAACCUUGGAUGCCUCGCCUUUUGAAGAGGCUGUGAAACCACCCCCAGGAUGGCGUGAUGUUUUGCUGAAGGAAGGACCUGAGGGCUUUGCGAAGAAGGUCCGAGAACACAAAGGCUUACUUCUGAUGGACACAACCUUCCGUGACGCACACCAGUCUCUGCUGGCAACACGUGUUCGCACGUACGACAUGAAACGCAUUUCACCAUUCACAGCAUUUCACUUCAGCAACCUGUACAGCUUGGAAGAUUGGGGAGGAGCCACAUUUGAUGUUGCUUUGAGGUUUUUGCAUGAAUGUCCUUGGGAUCGUCUGGACACUCUCCGCAAGAAAAUUCCAAACAUUCCAUUCCAGAUGUUGCUAAGAGGAGCCAAUGCUGUUGGCUAUACAAAUUACCCAGACAAUGUUGUCUUUUCCUUCUGUGCUUUGGCUGUGAAACAUGGCAUGGACAUCUUCCGCAUCUUUGACUCUCUCAACUACCUUCCAAACAUAUUGGUUGGUAUUGAGGCUGUUGGCACUGCAGGUGGUGUCGUAGAAGCAGCAAUUUCCUACACUGGUGAUGUCUCUGAUUCAACCAGGAAGAAGUAUGACAUAGAUUACUACAUGAAGCUCACAGACGAACUUAUCAAAGCUGGCACACACAUUCUGUCCAUCAAGGACAUGGCUGGCCUGCUGAAACCUAAAGCAGCGGAGUAUCUGAUUGGCUCAAUCAGAGACAAAUAUCCCGACAUUCCCAUACACGUCCACACCCAUGACACCGCUGGAGCUGGGGUGGCAUCAAUGCUUGCUGCUGCUUAUGCCGGUGCCGAUGUGGUUGAUGUAGCUGUGGACUCCAUGUCAGGGAUGACGUCACAGCCCAGCAUGGGGGCUGUUGUAGCUGCCACAGAGAAUACAGAAUUUGACACAGGGCUCUCUCUGGAGAAUGUAUCCAGCUAUUCAGCCUACUGGGAACAAGCCCGGAAUCUCUACGCUCCAUUUGAAUGUACAGUGACAAUGAAGAGUGGAAAUGCUGACAUCUACAAAAAUGAAAUUCCUGGUGGACAGUACACCAACCUGCAGUUCCAAGCCUUCAGUCUAGGUCUUGCCGACCAGUUUGAAGACAUCAAGAAAACAUACAUUGUUGCAAACCAACUUCUUGGAGACAUACCAAAGGUUACACCAUCAUCAAAGGUUGUUGGAGAUCUGGCUCAGUUCAUGGUCCAGAACAAACUGACGGCCAAGAUGGUUGAAGACCGAGCUGAAGAGUUGUCUCUGCCUCUGUCCGUGGUGGAGUAUUUCCAGGGAAUGCUGGGUCAGCCUCCUGGAGGAUUCCCAGAACCACUCAGAACAAAGGUUAUUUACAGUGAUAUGUGUCGACGUAUUGAGAAAAAUGAGGUAUUGAAGGGAGCCAAAGUUUAUGAGGGCCGCCCUGGUGCUACAAUGCCACCUCUGGACUUUGAGCAAUUGAAAGCAGAGCUGAAGGAAAAGCACGGCCAUGUGCGAGAAGUGGAUGUCAUGAGUGCUGCCCUCUAUCCCAAAGUGACUGAUGAAUACUUGGACUUCAAGAGCUCUUACGGCCCAGUGGACUGUCUUGACACUAAGCUGUUUCUUGUUGGACCAAAAGUUGCUCAUGAAUUUGAGGUGGAAAUAGAGCGAGGCAAGACCUUGUCAAUCAACACACUGGCUGUAAGUGAUCUCAACAAGAAUGGUGAGAGAGAGGUUUUCUUUGAACUGAAUGGACAGCUACGUUCUGUGAGAAUCAAGGACAGUGUAGCCCUUAAGGAGAUGCAUUUCCACCCGAAAGCCCUGAAAGGUGUUAAAGGCUCAGUAGGAGCUCCAAUGCCAGGUACUGUGGUUGACAUCAAGGUCAAAGAAGGUCAAACGGUUGAGAAAGGUCAGCCAGUUCUUGUGAUGAGUGCAAUGAAGAUGGAGAUGCUGGUCAGUGCACCAAUCAGUGGCACUGUCGUAAACCUGGCCGUUACCAAAGACAUGAAGCUAGAAGGAGACGACUUACUCAUGGAAAUAGAAUAGAUUGUCAGACAACGAAACACUGAAAAAUGGAGUAGACUGUAAAAAAAUUUUGGGAAAUAAUGUAGACUGCAAGACAGCAACUGGAAAUUAGAGUAGACUAUAAGACAACAACUGGGAAAUAGAGUAAACUGUCAGACAACAACUGGAAAACAGAGUAGACUGUAAGACAACAACUGAAAAAUAGAGUAGACUGUAAGACAACAACUGGAAAACAGAGUAGACUGUAUGACAACAACUGGAAAAUAGAGUAGACUGUAUGACAACAACUGGAAAAUAGAGUACACUGUAAGACAACAACUAGAAAACAGAGUAGACUGUAUGACAACAACUGGAAAACAGAGUAGACUGUAUGACGAGUUGGGGGAAAAAAGAGUAAAUUGUAAAACAACAUACACAUACUGGAAAUUAGAGUAUGCUAUAAACAACAGCUGGAAAAUAAAGUUGAAAGAAGAAGAAGAAAAAAAGAAGGAAAAUAGAGUAUACUGUAUUAAAAUGGUUAUAUAAAUUUUCCUGUCUUGUAUGGAACUGGCCAAGUCCAAGGUUGUGCUCAUCAUUGAAUAGUUCUUUGAUGGAAGCAUGUCUACUACAAUUGUCAACAUAUUUGACUCACAUAACCACAGUAAAUGGACCAGUGUUGUUUAUGCAGAUCAAGGGUACAGUGGCUUUUUGGGUUGUGAAUGUGAGGUCUGAUAAAUUUGAAAAGAAAUUAUGAGGAUUGAAAAUAACAAAAUCAUAUUGUGUCAUUUUUAAUAUGUAUGUGUGUGUGAUUAAACGAGAUAACAUUUGUUAUUUGUAAUUUACUGUUAUUAAAUCUUAUUUAACAUGAUUAUUUUUACUAUUAUACAGGCAGAUUAUUGUUGUUACUAUUUGGAAUCUAUGAAACAACUGAUGGAAAGUGGAAAAAGUGGAAAAACACAGCUUGUCAUGUUUUUGGUCGUUUUGUAUGUGCAUAUCUCUGUUUUGUCAUUAUUUUGAAGUGUUUCAAGUUAAGCUUAAAAACUGCACUUACAUUUGUUAUGUAUGUUGGUGUUUUUCCAGUCAUUUCUUCUGGUUAGUACAAAAACUGAAUAUUUUCAGUUGCAUGCCAAAAACAUGUUAUUUUAUAGUUGUAGAAUUAUGCCAAAUACCCCCAUCCUCGCCCAGUUAUUGUUAUGAAGUUAAUUACUGCAAGUUUUAACUGAAAAUUAUUCUCCAUUAUUCUAGAUAAUGAAACAUUAUUUUUUAUAUGUAAAGAUGUGAGUUGGGAUUCACAGGGAUCAAGUUGCAUACACAGCAAUGUGCAUAUUGGUAUUUAGUUCAUUAGUUUUAAUUUAGAUAUUAUGUAGCUCAGUUAUUAUGUUAUAAUAUAUUUACUGGUACAUAUAUUAGUUUAUUAUCCACAUAGUUCAAGAUAUUCAUGAAAUAUAACCAGUAUGACACACAUGUGAUAAUAAAGAAAUUAUUUCACUCGUGUGUGUUUUAUAGUGAUUUUACGAAACUCGUGUCUGGAUUCAUGUAUUAGCCUCACUCUCACUCAGGUAAUACAAUAAUCAUGACACUUGCUUUGUAAAAUCAGUACGACACACAAGCUCAUAUAAUAAUCUCUAUAUAUUUUAGUGUACUGUAACAGUGUUAUACAUGCAGUUACUCCAAUCUCCUUGAUGGAGUUGCUAUAUACUCUUUAGAUUAGUAAUUAAGUUUUUAAUGCGGAUCGGUUUGUUGUAUGGUUGGGAACAGUGUCCCAGUUUUGAGUAUUAAAAUCUCUCUAUGGGAAGGAUUUUAUGCUCAAUUAAACAGUUGUUUGAUCAGUUAUGAAAUGCAGUAUAUUCAGUAUUGUAAGCACAUUGUCAAUCAUAUUUUUGUUCAGAAUUCUGACAUAAUAGAAAAGCGUUUUUUGUGUUUAUGUGGAUCUUGUCAGAAACUGAAUUGCCAAGGGAAGUUAAUAUUUAAUUAAGGAUUGUCUUUUCUUUCUUUUACAUUCAUCGGGGUAUGUCUUUGUUCAUACCCAUAUGAACGUAAAAGAAGUAACAGACAAUCCAUAUAAUUAAAGUUAAACAUUCUUAUUAAUUUUAACACUAAAAGUUCAUAUUUCAUUUUGAAUUAUUUUUUUAUUCUAAAGAAUAAAGACAAAGUACCACUAUAAAAUAAUGUCACGUUCCCUGACACUGAGAAAUGAAUAAACUUACAUUGCUAUGGCUGGACCAAUGGGAUGUCGUUAAUUUGUAAUAAAUGGAAUGGACAUUUAAUUAUUAUAUAUUUAUUAUGACCUAAUAUAUAUUUACUAAAAACUGAUUUCACAUGUGUUAACAUUUAUUUUCUCCAAACUGGAAUGCCUUUUUACACUAUGAUAAUGGCAUUGAAUUCUUACCGAUUCAGUAUUGAGAGAAAACCUGAAUUGCUUGCAGUAACAUACAAUGCAAAAACACAUAUUUUAUUACUUUUGUGAACUAUUGUUCAGUGCUAGAACAGUAUUCAGAUGUGUUCUAAUAUAAUUAUGAAUGGUUCACUGUUCCGAAUAAAGUUGGAGAAAGUGGUGUGAAAGUUAGGAUUGACAGACCAUUGCAGCAUGUAAUGUUAUUAUUUUGUAGAAAAAUUCUUAGUGUUAGCAAAUAUUUCUUACCUGUAUAUUUUGUACAGUGGCAAAUAAUUUGUUGUGAUUGUUAUUAUAUAAAAGGUAUAUACUUGUUAACAAUAUUCUGUAUUUAAUUUGCUCAUUACAGACUCCACUCACUGAAUUAUGCUUUUGCUCACUAUUGCAAGCAUUAUAUAUAUUUAAUAAUACACAUUUUUAAACUAAGUGUCACACUUAGCAUUUAAAUAUUUGAGUAUAUACAUCAAAUAUAUGUCCAAAACUAUAUAAUACCAAAUUUAAAAAUGAUAAAAUCAAUAUUUUAUCCAUUUAUGUAUUCCUUAUUUUAUAACUGACAUUUGUUUUUAACCUCUAAAAUAUGUAAGUGCAAUUUAAAAAUGCACAAUAUAUACAAACAACAAUAUUUCAGUUUGAUGUGGUUGUACUACUAAAGUCCUAAUCAAAAUUAUACCACACCAUGAGUUUGGUUAUUGCAAUUGAUUCAUGAAAAUCUGUCAAACAAAACUUUUGAACAGUUUAUUGACAUUAUGAUGACCUGUUACAAUAUACAUGGUGGUAUAAUUUAGAUUACGUUAGACAACUUUUGACAAGUGUGCAUCAUGUGUGUCGUCAAAACACAUUCCAGUUUCCUUCAAGUCAUGGCUGAGUUGCCGUUUGUUAAUUUCUGGUAUGUUUUUAAAAUUAAUCCCAACUGUGUAAAAUUUGAUUCAUGACUACGGAUGUGGAUUGGAGUGACAUUUCCAAACAUCCAUUUGAGACUCCUUAUUUGGGCAUACAUUUGAAUAUGUACAGGUUUUAAUAAGCCACAUAUUGCUUUUCAUUGUCACACAGAAUGGACAUUUAAGUUCACUAUGAUACAGUUUAGUCAUAAGACAUAAAUAAUAUAAUAUAAAUAGUUCAGCUUUUAAACACUAAUAAACAGAAUUUGUUUUUGAUAUAUCUGGUGUAUAUUGUUAUAUGAUGUUUCAGUACACACACUUUUAUUUUAUAAACUUUACAUAUCUAAACUGAAACAGUUAGAUGCAGUUAUUUGUGCAUUGUAUUGUUAAUGUAUUUAGAUUGUAAAAUUACAUUUCAACUAGUGCUUUGUGAUACACAUUCAGAUAGACUAUUUUGUGUCAGUAUUUUCAGUAUUAUUAAAGUCAUCUACUUGGAAACACCUAACAUGUACAACAGGACUGUAUGCAGAUGUGGUGUUUUUAAUGCACCUUUUGUUACAUUUUAAUUGAAAAAAUAUUUGUGAAGCCUUCAGUUUGAAUUCUGAAUUGCAUAAGCUUUUGAAACUUGUGAAAGAUGAUGGAAACUAAAGAAUCCAUUCAUGUCCUACAAGAAAUUGAAUGGCAGUCCUCUGAAUGCAUUAUAUUGACCAUGGACUGUUACAACCCUGCACAUUUGAAACUAAACAGAUUUACCAAAUAGCUAUGAUCUGUCUUGUCUCAGCAAACAUAAAGUACCUGGUAAAUAAAAUAUUUGGUGAAAAUGUAGUCUGCAUACAGCCUAGUUUAUACAAGUCUUUGAGUUCUUUGCUAUUUUUAGUUUUUUUUACUUGUUACACGACUUUGAAAAAUGGUGCUUUAUAUUUCGUCAGGUUUUGUGUUUUGUGCUCUGUGUUCAGUUUGAUUUCAUUGAUUUUUUAUUGUAAUUUUUUGGUGUAAAAGAGUUAUUCACAAGAUAUAAUUUUUAUUUGUGUUUAUGAUUGAAUAAUAUAAAAUGUGGUGGACUACAUUUACUAAACAAAUUUAUAAAAUGUAUAAUAAUAAUAAUAAUUUGUUUUCGUAAUUUGUUUUUAA